CAACUCUCCCAUUUUAAAGUUUUCUUAGUAUCCUUUUUCUUUUUGUCCCGUUGAAAAUGAUGUCUUCUUCCUUUGUUAAAAGCUCAGUUUCUUUGAACUUAAGCUCGAUGUCUACUGAUGCCGCGGAUCAGAUGGGAUCCGCUAAUCAGCCCUCCGGGGAGAUCCACGUCAUCAUCGGGCCCAUGUUUGCAGGCAAGACCACCUCUUUACUUCGCCGUGUCAAAUUGGAAUCCGACAGUGGCAGAAGUGUUGCCAUGAUAAAGUCAAGCAAGGACACAAGAUAUGCCACAGAUGCAGUGGUGACCCAUGAUGGGGUGAAGUUCCCCUGUUGGUCAAUGCCAGAUCUUUCAUCCUUUAAGCAGAAAAUUGGAGUUGAUGCCUACGAAAAGUUGGAUGUGAUUGGCAUUGAUGAAGCUCAAUUCUUUGAUGACCUGUAUGAUUUCUGCUGUGAGGCUGCUGAUCUUGAUGGGAAAAUUGUAGUAGUUGCUGGCCUGGAUGGAGACUAUUUGAGGAGGAGUUUUGGCUCAGUUCUUGAAGUGGUACCACUUGCUGACACGAUAACCAAGUUGACUGCACGAUGUGAGCUCUGCAGGAAAAGGGCUUUCUUUACAUUGAGGAAGACUGAGGAGAUCAAGACAGAGCUAAUAGGCGGUGCAGAUGUUUAUAUGCCUGUUUGCCGCCAACACUAUGUAAAUUUACACGUGGAAGCUGCAAGAUCAGUCUUGAAACCUCACAAUGUUCAAGCCAAUGAGAGCCUUGAUAAAGCUGUGGUUGUUUAGUUCCAUCUGUGGAUGAUAUUGUGACUGAUUGUUUGGGCUUUCUGUCUAUUUCAAUCAAUUCUGUAUGGCUAAGUUUGACACUUGAGACUUCCUACUUUUGGAGCCCUUUUGAAUUAUGUAUAUACAAGCUUGCUUGUAACAGGAGUACUAGUAACUCUUUUCUAUGCCAACAAGAAUGUCAAAAGCAGAUGUAUGCUUUUUCAGUUUA